CGAUUUAACUUAAUUAACACUGAAAUUUAAUUGGUCUAGAACUAAAUCUGAAAGUAUUUCAACUUUUUCAACUUGUUAUGAGUUUCUGGCACUUUUUGGUCUUUGUUUUGAGAGCCAAUGAUGAGACAGACGCGUGCCACUUUUAUAUUAAGCAAUCAAAUUGGAUCUCCCCCACACCAUUUUGCUGCCCAUUCUGUGGUAUUUUUUGUUUACCCCACAGCAGCCGUGAUAAACGAACCCCCCCAAAAGAGAAACAGACCCGUCAACAUGAUGCUGCAACACACGAUGAAUAAGCGCAAGACUCUGAUCAUAGCCUGCUUUGGAAUCGCUCUGGGCCUAUGCAUUGGCACCGUGCUCAAGAACUAUCGAGCUCUGGAGAUUGUGAAACGUUGCAAUCUGAGACCCACAAAUCUAAAGACACCCAACGAGAUAAUUGGACUGAACGAUGACGAUACCAUACAGAAUUCACAACGAAAUUUGGUAUUUGUGGGCGUAAUGACCGCAAAGGGGUUCCUAGAGGGCAGAGCACGAGCUGUAUACGAUACAUGGGGUAGAGAGGUACCAGGACGGAUUGCGUUCUUCAGUUCGGAGGGUAGCUAUUCGGAGGAUUUGCCUGUGGUGGGCUUGAAGAAUGUCGAUGAUCGUUAUCCGCCACAAAAGAAAUCCUUCAUGAUGCUCUACUAUAUGUAUGAGCAUUAUAUCGAUCGGUUUGAAUGGUUUAUACGUGCCGAUGAUGAUGUCUAUAUGGAGCCAGAUAAAUUGGAACGUUUCCUACGCUCCAUUGAUAGCUCAAAGCCGCAAUUCAUUGGACAAGCUGGUAAGGGUAAUAGCGAAGAGUUUGGCCUACUCUCAUUGGAAUUCGAUGAGAAUUUCUGCAUGGGUGGUCCCGGUGUAAUAUUAAGCAGUGAGACCUUGAGACGUGUUGCCCCACAUAUACCAACCUGUCUGAAGAAUCUCUAUAGCACGCAUGAGGAUGUUGAAGUGGGUCGUUGUGUACAGAAAUUUGCUGGCAUCCCCUGCACUUGGAACUACGAGAUGCAAUAUAUUCUGCGUCAUAAUUCAAGUGGACGUAAUGCUUAUACAGGAAAACUGAAACGAAAGGAGAUCCAUAAUGCCAUCACAUUGCAUCCGAUUAAGCAGGCACCGCUUAUGUAUCGUCUACAUUCCUAUAUACAGGGUCUGAAAGCUGAAGAGUUACGCCAGGAAUCUCUAUUGCUGCAUCGUGAUAUCAAACGUAUGUCCAAAUAUCUAGAAGUACCCGAUGAAAGUACCUAUAUGCUGCCAAGUGUUUCGCCCGAUAGUGAUGCUUCAGGAUCGAGUAAUAAGCGACACUUUGAGGAUCACAAUAUAUUGGGCAUCAGUCCCGAAUUGAAUAAAUUUAUACCAAGCAAUACAAAUGAUCUAUUGGAAUGGUCAUUUAUAGCACGUAGUCUCUAUUCACCGACCUCGGCGAAUCCCAAGCAAAAAAUCGAUUCUGCCAUGAGGGAAGGACUCGAGGAUGUUAUCACUGAGGUUAUGGAAAAUAUCAAUAACUAUUCAAGGCAACGCGGCCGAGUUAUUGAAUUUCGUGAAUUACUUUAUGGCUAUCAUCGUUUGGAUGCAUUGCACGGACAGGAUUUGAUAUUGGAUCUGCUAUUGAUCUAUAAGAAAUAUCGUGGCAAAAAGAUGACUGUACCAGUGCGUAGGCAUUUGUAUGUCCAACGUGCCUUUACGGGCAUCUUUGUAAAGGAAAUGGACGAGGAUUUCUACAAUGUGACAUUGCAGCAAAGUCUCUUUGGCAAUCUGCUGCAGAAUAGCAUUUCCCGUCUAAGCAGUCAUUUCACCAUAGCCAAUGCCCUGUUGCCUCCCACUAUGGACAAGAUAGUCUUUGUAUUGCCCAUAUCCGGACGCUUGGCUACUUUCCAGCGUUUCCUACGUACCUACGAAUUGAUUUGCAUUGAAGCGAAACAACAUUGUGAUCUAUUGGUUGUGAUCUUUGGCUCCACAACGGAGGAUCUCAAUGAGCAUGUCAAUCAGUUGCAGGAAUUGAGAUCACGACACAUUUACGAGCAAAUCAAUUCGAUUCAACGCAGUGGUGAAUUCUCCCGCGGCGUGGCCUUGGAUAUAGCCGCACGUUCCUCCUAUAUAGAGCACGAUGAUAUCAUCCUGUUCAUCGAUGUGGAUAUGGUCUUUGAAGUGGAGACUUUACAGCGUGUCCGUAUGCAUACGCGUCGUGGACAACAGGUUUAUCUACCGAUUGUCUUCAGUCAAUACGAUCCAAAGAGAUCGGCUGGUCGUGGUGGUUUCAAUCCAUCGGAUAUUAAUGAUGAGAAUGGUUAUUUUCGACAAUUUGGUUUUGGCAUCUGUGCCAUCUAUAAAUCGGAUAUUUUGGAUGAGGAUAUCAAUGGCUUUGACAAGGAUAUCACUGGCUGGGGGCUCGAGGAUGUUAAAUUUCUGGAGAAAAUUGUACGAGUUGGUACACGGCAACGUGGUUUUCUAACAAAUACCGCUGAAAUGCCCACAGCUGAUUAUAAUCAAGAGGCGGAACAAUGGCGUCGUCUCACCGUAUUCCGGGCCGUCGAUCCGACUCUAGUCCAUAUCUAUCAUGAUAUUAGCUGUGACACCCAAUUGGAUGCACCUCAAUAUAAUAUGUGUCUGGGUACAAAGGCCAAUUCAUUAGGCAGUACACGACUGAUGGAGCAAUUGUUUCACAAUAAUCCCGAUAAUAUAGAUUUUAUUGUUGAAUUCAAUCGAAGGAAAUUUCAGCAGCAGCAGCAGCAGCAACAACAAGCGAGAUGAUCCAAUCAUUUGGAA